AUGGGCUGGGUUCAAUCAUUUUACAUACAGUUUGGGGCCACCAUUAGUACCUUUUUGUCUCCAAUCCCAAAAUGUAAGAAAACAAUUCUCCAGUUCUCACUCCAUUGUUUAAGGGAAAGGAACUCCAUUUUUGGUCUGAGCUCACAACCUAAGCUUAUGACGAUGAAGAAGAAGACGAUUCAGCAACUUUUCUACCAUGUGGUUUGCUUCUUUGUUUUGCUCCCAUCUUUGGCUUGCUGUAAGAACCAUGAAAACGCUGCAAACGAUCUUCUCAAGAUAAUCAACGCGAACCGGACAUCCCUAAAGCUCCCGGAGCUAAGCAUUAGCCCCGGCCUCGGGUGCAUCGCCCUUCAGUACGCCGAAGCCUGCAGUCGAAACUGCAAAGCCAACGGGACCUUAAUAGGGUGCGAGCACCGCGAGGACGACUUCACCGAAAUCUUCGCUCCGAACUGCGGCGUCGAGCUCCCGACGCUCGGCACCAUUUCGGGCCACAUCCUCGGGUGCCUCCGCCGCGGGAAUCGGCUGCGGCCGGAGGAUGUGUUCGGCGACGCGGUUUUCGGAGAUCGGGCGGCGAUGAGGAACGGGAGCUUCGUCCAGGCUGGGGCCGGGGUGUCGGGGGGAGGGGGGCCGUGGUGCGUGGUUUUUAGCGAGACUCCGAGGAAUGGGAGCUUUGUGUUGGGGGGUUUUGGUAAGGGAGUUGUGCAGAAGAGCGGGUGUUAUAGCAGGGUCGAUGCGCUCUGCAGUGGAGGAGUAGACGGAGAAGGUAGACGACCAUAUUGUUAUGGGAUUUGGAUGGUUUUGGUUUUGGUGUUUAUGUUGUUUUGAUUUGAUGAUUAGAAUCUUCAAUGAGCUAUGGGUAUGAAUUGUUAUUGUGGUUUUUGAUUAUUCGAGUUAUGUGUUUUUGUUUAUUUGAUUUUUGGAUUUGGAUUUUUAAAGAGUAGAAUUUGAAUGACUGAUUAAUUUGAUGUAAACAGAUGAGAUGAUGAGAUGUU